UUCCUGCCCACCACGGCUUUAAGAAUACCCUUCGGCCAGGAGGGAGCUCCGUUGCUUUAAGACUUGCCUGGGAACUGGGACGCCCCUCUGGCGAUCUGUCAGUGCCUGGAUCAGCCACAUCCUUUCUGGGGUGUUUUCUCACGAGACUGACAGUCCUUAAGACAAGUAUGCCGUUAAGCUGCUAAGGGAUGGAAGAAGCCAGUCUGUGCCUUGGAGUGUCCUCGGCGGCACCGGAAGCUGAGCCCCACCUGAGCGGCCCUGUCCUCAACGGCCAGUAUGCCAUGAGUCAGAAGUUGCACCAGAUCACCUCCCAGCUCAGCCAUGCCUUCCCCGAGCUGCAUCCGCGGCCCAACCCCGAGGAGAAGGCCCCCGCGCCCCUCGACGAGAAGGCCCACGUGCCCAUGACCGGCCAGCCCAUGGGCAGCCAGAUGGCGCUCCUGGCCAGCCAGCUGGGCCGGGACGUCGACACCAGCCUCAACGGGCGGGUGGACCUGCAGCAGUUCCUCAACGGGCAGAACCUGGGCAUCAUGUCCCAGAUGAGCGACAUCGAGGACGACGCCCGCAAAAACCGCAAGUACCCGUGCCCCCUGUGCGGCAAGCGUUUCCGCUUCAACAGCAUCCUCUCCCUGCACAUGCGCACUCACACCGGCGAGAAGCCCUUCAAGUGCCCCUACUGCGACCACCGGGCGGCGCAGAAGGGCAACCUCAAGAUUCACCUGCGGACCCACAAGCUGGGCAACCUGGGUAAGGGGCGCGGGCGGGUGCGCGAGGAGAACCGCCUGCUGCACGAGCUGGAGGAGAGGGCCAUCCUGCGGGACAAGCAGAUGAAGAGCAGCCUGCUGCAGCCGCGGCCCGACCUGAAGCCCCUGCCGCACGCCCAGCAGGCCCCGCCGGCCCCCUGCAACCUGGCCCUGCCCGCCAACCACAGCGUGCCCGACGUGGCCCACCCGGUGCCCUCGCCCAAGCCCGCCAGCGUGCAGGAGGACGCGGUGGUCCCGGCCGCCGGCUUCCGCUGCACCUUCUGCAAGGGCAAGUUCAAGAAGCGCGAGGAGCUGGACCGCCACAUCCGCAUCCUGCACAAGCCCUACAAGUGCACGCUGUGCGAUUUCGCGGCCUCGCAGGAGGAGGAGCUCAUCAGCCACGUGGAGAAGGCCCACAUCACCGCCGAGUCGGCCCAGGGCCAGGGCCCCAACGGCGGCGGCGAGCAGUCGGCCAACGAGUUCCGCUGCGAGGUGUGCGGGCAGGUGUUCAGCCAGGCGUGGUUCCUGAAGGGCCACAUGCGGAAACACAAAGACUCCUUCGAGCACUGCUGCCAGAUCUGCGGCCGGCGCUUCAAGGAGCCCUGGUUCCUUAAGAACCACAUGAAGGUCCACCUCAACAAGCUGUCGGUGAAGAACAAGUCCCCCAGUGACCCCGAGGUGCCCGUGCCCAUGGGCGGCAUGUCCCAGGAGGCCCACGCCAACCUGUAUUCCCGGUACCUCUCCUGUCUGCAGGGCGGCUUCGUGGCCCCGGACAAAGCCAGCCUGAGCGAGCCCAGCCAGCUCUACGGCAAAGGGGAGCUGCCCGUGAAGGAGAGGGAGGUCCUGGGGAAGCUGCUGUCCCCCAUCUCCAGCGUGGCCCACGGGGUCCCCGAGGGCGACAAGCACUCCCUCCUGGGAUGCCUCAACCUCGUGCCGCCGCUGAAAUCCAGCUGUAUCGAGCGGUUGCAGGCGGCUGCCAAGGCUGCCGAGAUGGACCCCGUGAACAGCUACCAGGCUUGGCAGCUCAUGGCCAGGGGCAUGGCCAUGGAACACGGCUUCUUGUCUAAAGAGCAUCAGCUACAGCGCAACCACGAAGACACUUUGGCAAGCGCCGGAGUUAUGUUUGAUAAGGAGAAGCGGGAGUACGUGUUAGUGGGAGCAGAUGGCUCCAAGCAGAAAAUGCCUGCUGAUUUGGUUCACAGCACUAAAGUGGGCAAUCAGAGGGACCUGCCAAAUAAGCUCGACCCUUUAGAAGGCAGUCGGGAUUUUUUGUCACACGGGCUGAACCCGGCGCUCGACUAUAACCUGCAGGGUCCCGGGAGCAUGAAGGAGAAGCCCACCGAGUGCCCCGACUGCGGCCGGGUGUUCCGCACCUACCACCAGGUGGUCGUGCACUCCCGCGUCCACAAGCGGGACCGCAAGGGCGACGAGGACGGGCUGCACGUGGGCCUGGACGAGCGGCGCGGCUCGGGCAGUGACCAGGAGUCCCAGUCGGUGAGCCGCUCUACCACGCCGGGCUCCUCCAACGUCACCGAGGAGAGUGGGGCCGGCGGGGGGCUCUCCCAGACCGGGAGUGCCCAGGAGGACAGCCCGCACCCCUCCUCGCCGUCCUCCUCAGGGGGCCUGGCUCCGCGCCGGCCUCUGGGGGACGGGCCCUGGCUUCUCUUCCAGUUCCCUGCCCGGCCCCAUUUUACGCCCCGGCCCUCAACCGCCAUCACCUCGUCUCUGGAACCCGGGAGCUGGCGUUUUGGCUUCAUCCACGCGUGUGAAGGUGUCCCUCAUGCUUUGACUCCCUUCUCUGGCCUGAAGCCCGCUUAUAAGAAGCACACUCCUGAGAGGGACCUCAGAACAUUGCUGACGGGGUCUCCCUGCCUUCGCUGGCUCAGCCUCGGGAAGCUCUGGCUCCUGAAGGACAACCUGGCAAACACAGAGGGGUCUUGUCUUCCAGCAUCUCCCAACCAGGCCCUCAUAGCCUCGAGCUCCUCGUGGAAGGUGCUGGGGAUUGAGGAACUGGGGUCCCAUCCAGGGAACCUCUUUCCUGGAGCUCAGCCAGCUGUGUAUCUGGAGUAG